AUGAAGUUCACCCAGAUCGCGCUUCUCAGCGCCGCAACUCUCGCAGUUGCCCAGCGCCACAACCACGCCCGUCACCACGAGCAUGUCGCCAGACGUGGCUCCCCCAUCGAGGCUCGCGGAGCGACGUACACCACCACCGUCGAGCCCCCCACCGUGACCGUCUACAUGCUGGAUGGCAAGCCAAUCUCGUCGGAUGAUGUCAAGGCCGGCGUCGCCUCGGGCAAGUACUUCUUGGUCGGCGACACCGUCCUCGAGGCACCAUCCAGCGUCGCGGCUCCUCCCCCACCCCCUACUUCCUCCGCCGCCCAGGGCGGUGCCUUUGCUGAGAAGCCAUCCCCCAAGCCGGAGCCCACCACCACCAAGGCACCUCCCCCACCCCCUACCACCACCGCCGCCGCCGUAGCGGCUCCUUCGGUCGCUGCCCCAAGCACCGGCGGUGGUAAUGGCGACACCAGUGCAGACUUCCCCAGCGGCAAGAUCCCUUGCUCGUCAUUCCCUUCCAAAUAUGGCGCCAUUGACGCCGAUUGGUUGAACCUGGGGGGAUGGACCGGUAUUCAGCACGUUCCUAACUACAAGCCGGGAGAUAGCUCCAUCAGCUACAUUGAGGGGAAGAGUGGAUGCAACGCAAACACAUACUGCUCAUACGCCUGCCCAAUUGGUUUCCAGAAGACUCAAUGGCCAGAUGCACAGGGAGCUACCGGACAGUCGAUCGGUGGCUUGUACUGCAAUGCGGACGGCAUGCUCGAGCUCUCCCGACCCAGCGUCAAGCAAAUCUGCGAGAAGGGCGCCGGAGGUGUUACCGUCAAGAACACCCUGAGCAAGAAGGUCGCCAUCUGCCGUACCGAUUACCCUGGUACCGAAUCCGAGACCAUCCCAACCCUCGUCGGUGCGGGAGAGACCCAACCCCUCACCUGCCCUGACUCCGACACCUACUACACCUGGAAGGGUAUGAAGACCACCGCUCAAUACUACAUCAACCCCGCAGGCGCUUCCGUGGCCGAUGCCUGCCAGUGGGGAACCGCCGGAACCAACCUUGGUAACUGGGCUCCCGUCAAUGUCGGUGUUGGCAAGCACUCUACCGGCACCUUCAUCGGAAUCUUCCCCAAUGCUCCCACCAACCCAGAUGGAAAGCUUGAUUUCAACGUUGCCAUCAAGGGUGCCGUCACCGCCAAGUGCGAAUACAAGAAUGGCCAAUACUAUACCGAUGGAAACGUCACCCCAACUGGUUGCACCACCGGAACCACUGGAGAUGUGUACUUCGAGUUCUCGUAA